AUGGCGAUCAAAUCAAGUCUUCCUCUGUUCCUACUUCUCUCAUCCCUUUUCGUUGCCUCUUUUGCUCUCUCUUACGACGAAGAAAAUGAUCAACACAGGAUCAGUCCCCGCCAGGAGUACCAGCAAUGCCAGAGCCGUUGCCAGGACCAACAGCUCCACGGCCAAGAACGACAACUCUGCCAGCACCGCUGCGAGCAACAGCUGAGAGAGCGCGAGCGGGAGCGCGAGCAAUCCGAACACGGCGGUCGAGGCAGAGGAAGCAGGGAGAGCAAGGAACGAGAGCUUCGUGAGGAGUUCGAGCAGUGCAGGCAAGACUGCGAGCGCCGUGAGAAAGGGCAACAACAGCAACAACAGUGCCAAAGAAGGUGCCAGCAAGAGUACGAGGAGAGGCGGCGAGAGGAACAACAACGUGAAGAGAGAGAGCGUCGCCGACGACAAGAAGGCGGUCGGAGCGUGUACGACGAGGAAGAAAACGAUUAUCACAGGACCAGCCCUCGCCAGGAGUACCAGCAAUGCCAGAGCCGUUGCCAGGACCAACAGCUCCACGGCCAAGAACGACAACUCUGCCAGCACCGCUGCGAGCAACAGCUGAGAGAGCGCGAGCGGGAGCGCGAGCAAUCCGAACACGGCGGUCGAGGCGGAGGAAGCAGGGAGAGCAAGGAACGAGAGCUUCGUGAGGAGUUCGAGCAGUGCAGGCAAGACUGCGAGCGCCGUGAGAAAGGGCAACAACAGCAACAACAGUGCCAAAGAAGGUGCCAGCAAGAGUACGAGGAAAGGCAACGAGAGGAGCAACAACGAGAAGAGAGAGAGCGUCGCCGACGACAAGAAGGCGGUCGGAGCGUGUACGACGAGGAAGAAAACGAUUAUCACAGGACCAGCCCUCGCCAGGAGUACCAGCAAUGCCAGAGCCGUUGCCAGGACCAACAGCUCCACGGCCAAGAACGACAACUUUGUCAGCACCGCUGCGAGCAACAGCUGAGAGAGCGCGGUGAGAAAGGGCAACAACAGCAACAACAGUGCCAAAGAAGGUGCCAGCAAGAGUACGAGGAAAGGCAACGAGAGGAGCAACAACGAGAAGAGAGAGAGCGUCGCCGACGACAAGAAGGCGAGAAGUUUAGGCGGUGCCAGCAACGUUGCCAGGAACAACAACAUGUCCAAGAGAGGAGAAGGGAGUGCCAACAGGAGUGUGAGAGGAAGUACAGAGAGGAGGAGAGGAGAGAGAGGAGGAGGAGAGAUGAUGAUGACGAUGAAGAGAUGUAUAACCCGGAGAGAGAGAGAGAGGGGGAGGAGAGAGAGAGGGAGAUUAGUCCUAGGAGUGAAGGGGAGAACCCUUACCACUUCCGCUCUCAUAGGCUGCAAUCUAGGUAUAGGACUGAGGAGGGUCAUCUUAAGGUUCUUGAGAUGUUGUCUAGGAGGUCUGAGCUGCUUAAGGGGCUUAAGAAUUAUAGGAUAGUUGUCUUGGAGGCUAAUCCCAAUACCUUUGUUGUCCCACACCAUUGUGAUGCUGACUCCGUUUUGGUUGUCACAAGAGGAAAGGGAACAAUCAGCAUUGUGAGGCAAAACAACAAGGAAUCGUACAACAUUGAGCGUGCAGAUGUGAUCACUGUCCUUGCAGGGUCAACUGUCUACUUGGUCAACGACCAAAACGAGCCCUUGCAAAUAACCAAGCUUGUCACCCCUGUCAACAUCCCUGGCCAGUUUGAGGAAUACUAUCCUGGUGGAGGAGAAAACCCACAAUCAUACUUCAAGGCAUUCAGUACCAACAUCCUCAAGAGCACACUCAGUGCCACGGAAGAGCAAAUCGAGAGGCUGAUUGGAGAGCAGAGGGAAGGAAGAAGGCAACUUCAGAGGCCAGGCUUCAUCAAGAGAGCCUCACAAGAGCAGCUCCAGGCCUUGACCCAACACGCUUCUUCGCCCAGACGAAAAGGCGGCCGUCAAACCACUGGCCCAAUCAGUCUUCACAGCCUGAGUCCUACUUACUCAAACAACUACGGCAAGUUCUACGAGGCUACUCCUGAGGACAACAAGCAGCUCGAGGAAAUGGACGUUCUCGUCGCCUGGACCGACCUCAAACAAGGUUCGAUUUUCGUGCCGCAUUUCAACUCGAAGACUACUGUGCUGGUCAUGGUGGUGGAAGGGGAAGGGCGCAUGGAAAUGGCCUGCCCUCAUCUCGCCAGACAAAAGAGGCAACAAUGGGGGGGACGAGAGGAGGAGGAAAAAGAAAGGCAAACUAGCACUUGGCAGUACCAGAAGGUGACCUCCCAUCUCUCGGCCGGCGAUGUUUUCAUCAUCCCGGCGGGUCAUCCUAUCUCCGUCGUGGCCUCCAGUAAUCAGAAUCUGAGGAUGGUCGGGUUCGGAGUCAAUGCCAGGAACAACGAGAGAACCUUCAUCGCCGGUAAAUUUCGGAAAGACAACGUGAUCAAGCAGUUGGAGAGGGAAGCCAAAGAGCUGGCCUUCAACAUGCCGGGGAGAGAAGUGGAGCAGAUAUUCAACAAGCCCAAGUUGUCAUAUUUCGUGCCCCAGGAGAGCCAAGAGGAAGAGAGUCGUCAAAGCCACCCCCUGAACUCAAUUUUGAACUUGGCCGGAUUUGCCUGA